UCACAUCAGUGAUGCACAUUGCUGUUUUGUGGAUGUAUAAUAACCUUUCUUAGCAAAAUGGAACUUGAUUAGCGUAUUAGCGUAUUGAUUAGCAAAAAAAGAUAAAAAUAAAAGCUAAUUAGUUAAUUUCACAAAUCCAACAGAACGGCGUCGUUUCACAUCGUCUUCAACCUCACCACACUUUGGUCUAAAUCAAUCGACGAUUUUUCGCCUCUAUUCUUCUCCGUCAGCAAUGGCUCGUGGUUCAGGACUCCACGCUUUGUUCGCCCCCAAGCCUCAACGGACCAAAUCAAAACUCGCCACGUCCCUCGCACGUGCCAUCAACUCCUCAGACCAAGUCGAGUCAUCACUCUCAUCACUCCAACCCCUCUCCCUCUCAACAACCACCGUCCUCCAAACCCUCCGCCUCAUCACCCACCCUCCCCGCGCCCUCCGCUUCUUCGACUACCUCUCCACCACCACCUCCUUCUCCCACAACCCCCACUCCUUCUUCCUCAUGCUCCACCUCCUCUCCCAAUCCCGCAACCUCAACGCCGCCCGCAACUUCCUCUUCUCCAUCGAGAAACGCUCCAACGGCUCCGUCAAGCUCCACCCUCGCUUCUUCAACACCCUCAUCAAAUCCUACGCCGACGCCGGCCUCCUCCACGAGUCUCUCUCCCUCUUCCACACCAUGAAAGAAAUGAGCAUCACCCCUUCCCCCAUCACCUUCAACACUCUCCUCUCUAUCCUCCUCAAGCGCGGCAAAACCGGCAUGGCCCUCGAUCUCUUCCGCGAGAUGCGCCGCACCUACGGUGUCUCCCCGGACGCCUACACUUUCAACAUCUUGAUCAACGGGUUUUGUAAGAACUCUAUGGUGGCCGAAGCCUUUAGAGUUUUCAAAGACAUGAGAUUUGAUCCUGAUCUUGUUACUUACAACACCAUCAUCGACGGGCUAUGCAGAGCUGGGAAGGUUAAUACAGCGCGUAACGUGUUGAACGGGAUGGUUAAGAGAGGUGUGGUGCCUCCCAACGUUGUUAGUUACACGACUCUUGUGAGAGGGUACUGUAUGAAGCACGAGGUUGAUAAAGCUUUGGCUUUGUUUCGUGAGAUUGAUGAACCGAACGCUGUGAGUUUCAAUACUCUGAUCAAGGGUCUCUCCGAGGCUCGGAGGUUUGAUGAGAUCAAGGAGGUUCUGAGAGCUAGCAGCGCGUUUGCUCCGGAUAGAUGCACUUUUAAUGUUCUGAUCAAAGCUCAUUGCGACGGUGGAGAUUUGGAUGAAGCCGUGAAGGUGUUUGGAGAGAUGGAGCGGCCUGAUUCGGCUUCUUACAGUGUGUUGAUUCGCGCUCUUUGCUUGAGACAGGAGUUUGGUAGAGCGGAGAGGCUGUUUGACGAGUUGUAUGAGAAGGGAGUGUUGUUGGAGAAGGAUGGUUCGAAGCCUAUUGCUGCGGCGUAUAACCCGAUGUUUGAGUACUUAUGCGCCAACGGGAAGACGAAGCGAGCGGAGAGAGUUUUCAGGCAGCUGAUGAAGAUAGGAGCGCAGGAUCCGGCGUCUUACGGGACUUUGAUUAUGGGACACUGCAGAGAAGGUGGUUUCAAAGGUGGUUACGAGCUGUUGGUUCUGAUGCUGAGGAGGGAGUUUGUGCCUGAUUUUGAAAUCUAUGAGUUGCUGAUUGAUGGGCUGUUGAAGACUGGUGAGGCUCUUCUCGCUCACGAUGUCUUGGAAAGGAUGAUGAGGAGCUCUUAUCUUCCCGUUGCAGCCACUUUCCACUGUGUACUUGAGGAGCUUGUUAGAAGAGGGUUUGCUAACGAGUGUUUUGACUUGGUGAGGAUAAUGUUGGAGAAAGGAAUAAGACAGAACGUUGAUCUUUCGACGGAUGUUGUUAGGUUGCUGUUUAGCAGUGGUCAGAAGGAUAAGGCGUUUUUGGUUGUUAGGUUGGUUUAUGAGAACGGUUAUUUGGUUAAGAUGGAGGAGUUGAUUGAUUUCUUAUGCGAGAGUAGAAAACUAGUUGAUUCAGCUCACAAGCUUGUCCUGUUUUGUCUGGAGAAUAAUCAGAUGGUAGAUAUCAGUAGAUGCAACAGAGUCAUAGAAGGACUGUGUAAGCGUAAGAGACACUCUGAAGCGUUUGGUUUGUUUAAUGAAUUGGUGGAAGUAGGAAAACACCAGGAGCUUAGCUGCCAUGUGGUUUUGAGAAACGCCUUGGAGGCUGCUGGUAAGUUUGAAGAAGUUCGGUUUGUGUCAAAGAGGAUGGCUGCGUCAGAUGAUUCCUAUGGACUAAAACAAGGGAUAUCAUCUUGAAAUUGGAGCAAUAUGUAUUAAAGAGUUUUGGCAGAGGCUCCCUUUGUGCUCAUUCAAGUCCCACAUGAGCCUCUUUAUCUCAUGGUAAACUUGGAGACUGCUUCAGGGUAUAAGUCUUUUCGGUGUGCUUAAUAUUUACAACAUCCAGUUAUCUGCUCUGCCAUUUUACUUAUUAGAUCCAGUUAUGAAACACAGGUCAUCUCCUGAAUCUAAUGCCUGACAUGGUCCUGUCUGAGUAUACUUCAACAGUAACAUAAAUGAUUCAAGGGAAAGACAUGAGCACACAAGGUUGGAUUCAGUUUAUAAUUUAGAUUUUAAGAAGCUAUACACUCUCACUGUUUCAAUUUGCAGGAUCUGACUCGAUCAAAGAAGUAACAACUAAUGGAUCCUGAGAGCUUUAACAUUUCUCGUAGAUCACAAUCUGUGAGAUGAUGCAAUCUUUUAUUCCUUUGGUUGGCUCCUAACUAGGUCUACAUGUAACUGGAUAUAAUCUGUUUUCUUUAAGCUAGAUGCUUUACCACAUCUACAUCUAUAGCUUAUUCUCGUUUUCCAUGGCUUUCAGUGUAAAGCAGAAACCAUAUCAUAUGGGUAGGCUUUGUAAUGGAUGUAUUGGGCCUGGCCUAUUUAUAGAAUAUGUAAUUUAUUUAAUUUAUUUUCUACAAUUAGUUA